UACAAGCAAGGAUGGUCGGCCUAAAACUAGGAGAGAGAGUUAAAAAUUGUAUCCUAACUUAGAAAGUUUGUGAAGCCCAUCAGUUUGAUUGAAGUUAUUCAUUUCCUUUGAGAAGUUCUAAACACCAAGAAAGAUGAAUGAAUCAGGGAGUGGAGAUGCAUCAACAUCAAAAAGACAAAUGGUUGACCAAGGUAGUGGAGAUGCAUCAACAUCAAAAAGACAAAAGGUUGACCAAGCCAUUUCUGAUGAAGAUUUUAUGGAACUUAAAUCAGUUGUCUCAGAAUGGUUUGACCAGCGUGGAUACAUCAAUAACCUGAAAGUUUUGUACACAGAUCUCCUUUCUCCUGCUGUGUUACAUAAUGCUUCUACAACAACAAUUAAUUUGUUGAAUUGUUUAACUGAUCAUGAUGAAAUGAAUUCAACAAAUCUCACUCUAAUCUAUGACACCAUAAAAGUGAGCAAACAAUUUCGCUUAGUAAAGAAAAUUAAAGAACAAUUGCCAUCAUGUCCAAUUCCUGCAAAUAUUAAAGAUAUUGAAAUAUCCAGCUUCACACCACACAGACUCAAACUAAUGAAGUUGGGAUCAUUACUGACAGAAGAUGAUGUGCCCAAGAUUGAUCAAUUGUAUAAUGAUGCAUUGAAGAAGUAUGCAGACAGCUGGUGUUUAAUUAUGGAUCUAGAAAAGAGAAGUGUAAUUUGUGAAGAAAAUAUGGAGAAAUUUAUUACAAAGUUAAAAAAACUUGAACUCAAAAAAGCUGUAGAUGCUCUGUGUAAAGGUAAUCAGAAGGAUCCUGAACAUGUGAUUUCAUUGGACCCAGAGCAUCAGGAGCAGCUAAGACGAGGUAGUGAGUCUAUAUCAAAAAGAACGCUAGAUCAAGGUAGUGAAUUAGAGUCUACAUCAAAGAGAAAGAAGCUAGAUCAAGGAAUCUCUGAUGAUGAAUUCAGAGAAAUAUUAUCAUCCAUGUCAGGAUGGUAUGAUUGCCAUGGAUACAUCGCUAUGCUGAAGGUUUUGUGUAGAGAUCUUGUAACUGAAGCUGAUAAGCUAUAUGCUGCCACCAACGUGAUUGAAUUGUUUGAAUUAUUACGUGCCUCUGAGCAUCUGAGUCCAACAGAUCCAACACUACUGUACGAUAUUAUCAAUGUCACUAAGCCAUUUGGUUUGGAACCAGAAAUAAUUAAGUUGACAGUGAAGACAUCUGUUGAUACCAGGACAGUCAUCCCAUCAAGAUUUACAGCUAACAGGCAAAGUCUGAUGAAGGUUGUAGAGAGUCUCUCUGACAAUAAUGUGAAGAAGAUCUCAAAACUCUAUGGCUGUGAACAAAAGGCUGACAAAUGGGAAUUAUUUGUAGACUUGGAGCAUAGAGGAAUGAUAUGUGAAGAAAACAUGGAUGAGUUUAUGAGAAAUGUAACAACAUAUCUCAUUAUUGAAUCAAAUAAUGACCCUCUAGGACUGAGGAGGACUGUCAAAGGUAACAACAAGGAUUCUAUAAAAGAAUCUGCAAGAAGAUCUACAGAUGACCAAGGAGAGCUAAUCUUGACUGGUAACACACCGAGUGGUGACGCAGGCACAGGUGACACGGAAGCUGGCCCAAGUACAUCUACAGGUACUACAAUUGGAUGUCAUGUUGUCAACAGCAGUAUUACUGACUCGGUGUUUAAUAUUUGUAUAAAUAACACAAUUCAAUCACCUGCUACACAAGAUUUAAUUAUUAGAGACUCAGUGAAUAAAAGGCAGAAGCAAUUGUAUCAGAAUGUGAACCAAAUGACACCAACAAUCUGGCACGAAGAUCAUGAAUUAGACAUUGCAGAAGUAUUCACUGAACUCAUCUUAAUGCAGUCUCAGAAAGAAGACAAAAAAUCAGAAAGCAAGUCAACAUCUAAACAAAAGAAAGGUAGUCCCACAUCUUUAAAAGAGGUAUUAGGUGUUAUUAAGUCAACAGAUUCUUGUAAGGUAUUAAUAACAGGUAAAGGAGGAAUGGGUAAGACUACACUCCUUAGGUAUAUUGCUUAUAAGUGGGCUACUGAUGAUGUAGAUAAUGCUUUUGCUAAUAAAUUAUUGUUUCUGAUAAAUAUUAGAGACCUAAAAGCAGGUGAAAUGUUUGUAGACAUAAUUAUGAAGGAAAUUGAUUGGCAAACAAUAAUAUCAAAGAACAAAUUGCCACCCAAUUCUGUUAAAGAUUUUCUGGUCACCCAUGCUGAUGAAAUUGUGAUUUUGUUAGAUGGAUAUGAUGAGUUAGAAAAAGGUGCUAAAAAUCCAAUAGAUCUAUUCAAAAGAACUGAAUUGGGUGAAUGCACAGUGUUGAUGUCAUCCCGACCUGACAACAUAGGUAAAUUUUUCAAAUGGUGUGAUAUACAUAUUAAAGUAAUGGGAUUCAAUCCAAGAAACAUAAAGGAAUACAUACAUAAGUAUUUUGAUUCAAUUGGUAAAGCUGAAAUUGGUGACUCACUAAUUAGGGAGUUUGGACUUGAUAAUGAUAAUUAUUAUGGUGAUAUUCGUAGUUCUUUAAAUUUCAAAUUUAAAAGUAAAGAUUCUUUGCCAUGGUAUAAUUAUAAUGAUGAUGAUGAUUAUUAUGAUGAUUAUUAUUCUGAGGAUGAGGAUCUAUCGUUUAGUGGUACUCACAAAAAAGCAUUUGAAUUAUGCUCAUCUCCACUGUUAUUGCUUAAUAUUUGUACCAUAUGGGAAAAUAAGGAAUGUCUUCCUACAGAUUUGUCAGAUCUUUUCAAGGAAUUAUUUUGUUCCAAUUUAAAUCAAUAUCAAAACAGGGGAGACAGGGAAACUUCCAUUUCCCAGUUUGAGAGUAUUCCUGAGAAAUACAGACAUGCCAUGCAAAUAUUAGGAGAAAUUAUAUAUGAAGGUUUAAAGAAAAAUAAACUGCCCAUUGACAAAUGUAUUUUGCUGAGCAAAGCAAAUGAUAAACAUAUGGUACAUUUAGCACUCGAACUUGGAUUUGUUUAUAAAGAGAGCCCUGUUCAACCAGGUGAUGUAAGAGAGAUUUACACUACCCCACAUAAAUUAAUUUCAGAGUCACUAGCAGGAUUUUACCUGUUUGAACAAAUCCAAAAAGGGAGCUUGAAAGCUGAAGAAUAUGAGGUGAUAAGAUGUAAUAAGUAUUUACAAAUGACAAGAGUAUUUACAAUAGGAUUCCUUGGUGAUGAUGCUUGUCUAUUGUUUAAACAUUGGAUGAUAAUCAGGGCCUCAAAUUUUUACUCUAUAGCGCAAUGUUUGGAGUAUGUAAAGAAGGAUCAUGAAGACCAUGUAAUACAGGAAUUGGAUAAACACAUGCCCAUUGAAAUGAAAGCAUGCUGUGAGCAAUUGCGCCAAUCUGUUAGAAGUGUGCUUGAUUAUGAAGACACAUCAAAUGUGCAUUUAUUUACACUUAUGAAAAAAUAUAAAUACCUUACAGACUAUGAUGUAAAGAAAGUAUUUCCAGUGAUAAAUACAUCCAAUGAAGAAUCUUUACAAAAUUCUUGCAGAAAUAUUGUACACAACACAGUUGUACUACCAAAGGUAUAUAAAACCAAACAUUUUUUCAGAUAUAUUUCGAAAUGGGAGGAUAAAGAAAUCAAUAUUCUAUCAGCUGAGAUGAAAAACCUACAUUUAACAUAUAAUCUCACUUCUAUCAACUUAAACUUUAAUUGUAGUUCAUCAUUUUUUAUUCAUUUCCUAAAACAUGCAUAUAACCUAUCUGAAUUGCAUAUUAAAGAUUGGUGUACAGCAUCUGAAUUCAGUUUGGUUAUCAAUGAGUUAAACAAGGCUGAUGUAAAGUUAAAAUUAAUAUGUCUUGAUAUACAAGGUAUUGACUUGGCUUCAGUCAGCAGAACAACAUUAGGUCACCUUUCUAAGGUCUCUCCACACCUGAUACAUAUUGACAUGAGCUAUUGUAAUUUAUCAGGUAGUAUUAUUAAUGAAGUGAUAGAGGAAUGUUGUAGGAUGAAUGUAGUAUUGAAAGACAACAUGCUUAGAUUGAUGGGCAAUGACCUUUCAGAUAUUGAUAGUAAAUCAUUUGCUGAGUUAAUUAGGGUGAUUGGUGGGCCUCGUGAUACCUUUGAUAAUUACUUACUAAGGCAUAACAAGCCUCAUAAUACCUUAAAAUGGAGGGAUUAUUCACUUACAUCUGAUCAUCUUGAAAAGCUGGUUAACUCAAUAGGUGAGAAUGAGACACUUAAUUGGGAUGGGAUAGACAUGAGUAGGAUUAACCUAUCUUUAAUCAGAGGAAGAACAUUAGCUCAACUUUUGAAGGUCUCUCCACAUCUGAUCCAUAUUGACAUGAGCCAUUGUAAUUUAUCAUUUAGUAUUAUUAAUGAAAUGAUGGAGGAAUGUUGUAGGAUGAAUGUAGUAUUGAAAAACAACAUGCUUAGAUUGGAGGGCAAUGACCUUUCAGAUAUUGAUAGUAAAUCACUUGCUGAGUUAAUUAGGGUGAUUCGUAGGCCUCAUCAUACCUUUGAUAAUUACUUACUAAGGUGUAUCAAGCCUCGUAAUACCUUAAAAUGGAGGGAUUAUUCACUUACAUCUGAUCAUCUUGAAAAGCUGGUUGACUCAAUAGGUGAGAAUGAGACAUUGAAUUGGACAAGGAUAGACAUGAGUAAGGUUAACCUCUCUUUAAUCAGAGGAAGAACAUUAGCUCAGCUUUUGAAGGUCUCUCCACAUCUGAUCCAUAUUGACAUGAGCCAUUGUAAUUUAUCAUUUAGUAUUAUUAAUGAAAUGAUGGAGGAAUGUUGUAGAAUGAUUGUAGUAUUGAAAGACAACAUGCUUAGAUUGGAGGGCAAUGACCUUUCAGAUAUUGAUAGUAAAUCACUUGCUGAGUUAAUUAGGGUGAUUGGUAGGCCUCAUCAUAUAUUAGAUGAUUACUUACUAGGGCAUAACAAGCCUCAUAAUACCUUAAAAUGGAGUGAUUAUUCACUUACAUCUGAUCAUCUUGAAAAGCUGGUUGACUCAAUAGGUGAGAAUGAGACAUUGAAUUUGGAUGGGAUAGACAUUAGUAGGAUUAACCUAUCUUCAGUCAGAGGAAGAACAUUAGUUCAACUUUUGAAGGUCUCUCCACACCUGAUCAAUAUUGACAUGAGUGAAUGUAAUUUAUCAGGUAGUAUUAUUAAUGAAAUGAUGGAGGAAUGUUGUAGAAUGAAUGUAGUAUUGAAAGACAACAUGCUUAGAUUGGAGGGCAAUGACCUUUCAGAUAUUGAUAGUAAAUCACUUGCUGAGUUAAUUAGGGUGAUUGGUGAGACUACCUUCGAUAAUUACUUACCAAGGCAUAACAAGCCUCAUAAUACCUUAAAAUGGAGUGAUUAUUCACUUACAUCUGAUCAUCUUGAAAAGAUGGUUGACUCAAUAGGUAAGAAUAAGACAUUGAGUUGGACAAGGAUAGACAUGAGUAGGAUUAACCUAUUUUCAAUCAGAGGAAGAACAUUAGCUCAACUUUUGAAGGUCUCUCCACACCUGAUCCAUAUUGACAUGAGGGAAUGUAAUUUAUCAGGUAGUAUUAUUAAUGAGAUGAUGGAGGAAUGUUGUAGAAUGAAUGUAGUAUUGAAAGACAACAUGCUUGAAUUGGAGGGCAAUGACCUUUCAAAUAUUGGUAGUAAAUCACUUGCUGAGUUAAUUAGGGUGAUUGAUGAGCCUCAUCAUACCUUAGAUGAUUACUUACUAGAGCAUAACAAGCCUCAUAAUACCUUAAAAUGGAGUGAUUAUUCACUUACAUCUGAUCAUCUUGAAAAGCUGGUUGACUCAAUAGGUAAGAAUAAGACAUUGAGUUGGACAAGGGUAGACAUGAGUAGGAUUAACCUCUCUUCAAUCAGAGCAAGAACGUUAGCUCAGCUUUUGAAGGUCUCUCCACACCUGAUCCAUAUUGACAUGAGCCGCUGUAAUUUAUCAUUUAGUAUUAUUAAUGAAAUGAUGGAGGAAUGUUAUAGGAUGAAUGUAGUAUUGAAAAACAACAUGCUUAGAUUGGAGGGCAAUGACCUUUCAGAUAUUGAUAGUAAAUCACUUGCUGAGUUAAUUAGGGUGAUUGGUGAGCCUCGUGAUACCUUAGAUAAUUACUUUCCAAGGCAUAACAAGCCUCAUAAUACCUUAAAAUGGAGUGAUUAUUCACUUACAUCUGAUCAUCUUGAAAAGCUGGUUGACUCAAUAGGUGAGAAUGAGACAUUGAAUUGGGAUGGGAUAGACAUGAGUAGGAUUAACCUAUCUUCAAUCAGAGGAAGAACAUUAGCUCAGCUUUUGAAGGUCUCUCCACACCUGAUCCGUAUUGACAUGAGUGAAUGUAAUUUAUCAGGUAGUAGUAUUAAUGAAAUGAUGGAGGAAUGUUGUAGAAUGAAUGUAGUAUUGAAAGACAACAUGCUUAGAUUGGAGGACAAUGACCUUUCAGAUAUUGAUAGUAAAUCACUUGCUGAGUUAAUUAGGGUGAUUGGUGAGCCUCAUAUCUUAGAUAAUUACUUACCAAGGCAUAACAAGCCUCAUAAUACCUUAAAAUGGAGUGAUUAUUCACUUACAUCUGAUCAUCUUGAAAAGCUGGUUGACUCAAUAGGUGAGAAUGAGACAUUGAGUUGGACAAGGAUAGACAUGAGUAGGAUUAACCUCUCUUCAGUCAGAGCAAGAAUAUUAGCUCAGCUUUUGAAGGUCUCUCCACGCCUGAUCCAUAUUGACAUGAGCCAUUGUAAUUUAUCAUUUAGUAUUAUUAAUGAAAUGAUGGAGGAAUGUUGUAGGAUGAAUGUAGUAUUGAAAAACAACAUGCUUAGAUUGGAGGGCAAUGACCUUUCAGAUAUUGAUAGUAAAUCACUUGCUGAGUUAAUUAGGGUGAUUGGUAGGCCUCAUCGUACUGUAGAUGAUUACUUACAAGGGCAUAACAAGCCUCAUAAUACCUUAAAAUGGAGUGAUUAUUCACUUACAUCUGAUCAUCUUGGAAAGCUGGUUGACUCAAUAGGUGAGAAUGAGACAUUGAAUUGGGAUGGGAUAGACAUUAGUAGGAUUAACCUAUCUUCAGUCAGAGGAAGAACAUUAGCUCAACUUUUGAAGGUCUCUCCACACCUGAUCCAUAUUGACAUGAGUGAAUGUAAUUUAUCAUUUAGUAUUAUUAAUGAAAUGAUGGAGGAAUGUUGUAGAAUGAAUGUAGUAUUGAAAGACAACAUGCUUAAAUUGGAGGGCAAUGACCUUUCAGAUAUUGAUAGUAAGUCACUUGCUGAGUUAAUUAGGGUGAUGGGUGAGCCUACCUUCGAUAAUUACUUACCAAGGCAUAACAAGCCUCAUAAUACCUUAAAAUGGAGUGAUUAUUCACUUACAUCUGAUCAUCUUGAAAAGCUGGUUGACUCAAUAGGUGAGAAUGAGACAUUGAAUUGGGAUGGGAUAGACAUGAGUAGGAUUAACCUCUCUUCAAUCAGAGCAAGAACGUUAGCUCAACUUUUAAAGGUCUCUCCACACCUGAUCCAUAUUGACAUGAGCCAUUGUAAUUUAUCAGGUAGUAUUAUUAAUGAAAUGAUGGAGGAAUGUUGUAGAAUGAAUGUAGUAUUGAAAGACAACAUGCUUAAAUUGGAGGGCAAUGACCUUUCAGAUAUUGAUAGUAAAUCACUUGCUGAGUUAAUUAGGGUGAUUGGUGAGCCUACCUUCGAUAAUUACUUACCAAGGCAUUACAAGCCUCAUAAUACCUUAAAAUGGAGUGAUUAUUCACUUACAUCUGAUCAUCUUGAAAAGCUGGUUGACUCAAUAGGUAAGAAUAAAACAUUGAGUUGGACAAGGAUAGACAUGAGUAGGAUUAACCUCUCUUCAGUCAGAGGAAGAACAUUAGCUCAACUUUUAAAGGUCUCUCCACACCUAAUCCGUAUUGACAUGAGGGAAUGUAAUUUAUCAGGUAGUAGUAUUAAUGAGAUGAUGGAGGAAUGUUGUAGGAUGAAUGUAGUAUUGAAAGACAACAUGCUUAAAUUGGAGGACAAUGACCUUUCAGAUAUUGGUAGUCACUCACUUGCUGAGUUAAUUAGGGUGAUUGAUGAGCCUCAUCAUACCUUAGAUGAUUACUUACUAGAGCAUAACAAGCCUCAUAAUACCUUAAAAUGGAGUGAUUAUUCACUUACAUCUGAUCAUCUUGAAAAGAUGGUUGACUCAAUAGGUAAGAAUAAGACAUUGAGUUGGACAAGGAUAGACAUGAGUAGGAUUAACCUCUCUUCAAUCAGAGCAAGAACAUUUGCUCAGCUUUUGAAGGUCUCUCCACGCCUGAUCCAUAUUGACAUGAGCCAUUGUAAUUUAUCAUUUAGUAUUAUUAAUGAAAUGAUGGAGGAAUGUUGUAGGAUGAAUGUAGUAUUGAAAAACAACAUGCUUAGAUUGGAGGGCAAUGACCUUUCAGAUAUUGAUAGUAAAUCACUUGCUGAGUUAAUUAGGGUGAUUGGUGGGCCUCAUCAUUCCUUAGAUAAUUACUUACCAAGGCAUUACAAGCCUCAUAAUAGCUUAAAAUGGAGUGAUUAUUCAUUUACAUCUGAUCAUCUUGAAAAGCUGGUUGACUCAAUAGGUGAGAAUGAGACAUUGAGUUGGACAAGGAUAGACAUGAGUAGGAUUAACCUCUCUUCAGUCAGAUCAAGAAUAUUAGCUCAUCUUUUGAAGGUCUCUCCACGACUGAUCCAUAUUGACAUGAGCCAUUGUAAUUUAUCAUUUAGUAUUAUUAAUGAAAUGAUGGAGGAAUGUUGUAGGAUGAAUGUAGUAUUGAAAGACAACAUGCUUAGAUUGGAGGGCAAUGACCUUUCAGAUAUUGAUAGUAAAUCACUUGCUGAGUUAAUUAGGGUGAUUGGUGAGCCUCAUGAUACCUUAGAUAAUUACUUACUAAGGCAUAACAAGCCUCAUAAUACCUUAAAAUGGAGUAAUUAUUCACUUACAUCUGAUCAUCUUGAAAAGCUGGUUGACUCAAUAAGUGAGAAUGAGACAUUGAAUUGGGAUGGGAUAGACAUGAGUAGGAUUAACCUAUCUUCAAUCAGAGGAAGAACAUUAGCUCAACUUUUGAAGGUCUCUCCACACCUGAUCCGUAUUGACAUAAGUGAAUGUAAUUUAUCAGGUAGUAGUAUUAAUGAAAUGAUGGAGGAAUGUUGUAGGAUGAAUGUAGUAUUGAAAGACAACAUGCUUAGAUUGGAGGGCAAUGACCUUUCAGAUAUUGAUAGUAAAUCACUUGCUGAGUUAAUUAGGGUGAUUGGUGGGCCUCAUCAUUCCUUAGAUAAUUACUUACCAAGGCAUAACAAGCCUCAUAAUUCCUUAAAAUGGAGUGAUUAUUCAUUUACAUCUGAUCAUCUUGAAAAGCUGGUUGACUCAAUAGGUGAGAAUGAGACAUUGAAUUGGACAAGGAUAGACAUGAGUAGGAUUAACCUAUCUUCAAUCAGAGGAAGAACAUUAGCUCAACUUUUGAAGGUCUCUCCACACCUGAUCCAUAUUGACAUGAGCCAUUGUAAUUUAUCAAUUACUAUUAUUAAUGAAAUGAUGGAGGAAUGUUGUAGGAUGAAUGUAGUAUUGAAAAACAACAUGCUUAGAUUGGAGGGCAAUGACCUUUCAGAAUAUUGAUAGUAAUUUACUAACAGAGUAUACUACGGAGAUCUUUUAUGGAAAAUCAUAGGGCUUCCUACCAUAAACUUUGCAAGCUCCAUAUGGUUAUGUAAUUCUAAUAGUUCUAUUGAAAAAAUAGAAAACCUACAAUACAGAAUGGCGAGAAUUAUUCUCAAAGCACCAAGGAAUGUGGCAAAAGAAGCUCUUCUUGGCGAUCUAGGUUGGGAGUCUGUCGAACACAUACAAAAUAAAUUUAGAGUGAGUUACUUUAAUCAAAUAAAAAAUUUGGAUGAAAGUAGAUGGCAAAAAUUGCUAUGUAAAGCACUAAUUGAAGUUAAAAAUAAUGUCAAGUGGAUUUGGAUUAACCAUAUUCAAGAGUUAUUGCGUAAAUUUGAUAUAAUUGAUCAUUUUAAUGUGGAUAUUGGUAAUACUUGGCUUAAAUCUUUUUACAAAGCUCAUUAAAAAAUGCUAAAAGAUGGUUUGACAGGACUAAAUCAAAAUCUGGCUUAGUUGAUUAUUUAAAAUAUAAAUCAAAACCAGAUGUAGAAAAAUAUAUUUUUGAUAUGACCAACUUUGAAUCUGUCAGUUUAAAAUUUAAAACAAGAACGAACACUCUCGAUCUUGAAGGUACGAAAUGUAAAUGGUCCAAAACUGAUAAUUCAGGUUUUUGUAAACUUUGUAAGCAUGAUAUAAUUGAAGAUACUGAUCACUUCCUUUUCCAUUGUAAUAGACUUAGUUUAAUUAGAGAUAAACAUUUUCAUAAUCUUAAAAGUGACCUACUAUUUUGGGACUAUCAAACAUUCUGGGAGGAUUUCGAAUUUGGAUUGAGUACAAACACCAUAUUUUACUUGAUGAUCUGAGAAAAUUGGCGAAAUUGUAGAUACAAUUGCAAAAAAUACCUGCCUGACUUAUGGAAUUUCAGGACUAAAAUCUUAAAUACCGUACCACCAUCCAACUAAAUUUAAGCUAAGAAGCAGUUUUUCAUUUUAUUAUCAGUAUUACUUUAAGUUUAAAUUGUUAAUCUUUUUUUUUAUAUAUAUUUAUGUAUGGGUAUGUAUAUGUAUGCAUGUGUAUAUGAGGUGUGUGUGGAUGU